AUGAAGUUAUGGGAUGUUUUGGCCACGUGUUUGUUGCUCCUGAGCUCCGUCUCCACACGCCCCCUCUACCAAAACAUUCAGCCAGCCAAAAGAACUCACUACUUGGAUUGGCAUAGUGAUUCUCUGUCCCUGUCUGUGGAGGAACCAGAGCCAGAGUUCCAUUCGGAGUCUCACAGCCUGCAAGAGAUUUCCAUGGAGGAUAAAUGUAAGUCAAGACUCUGAUACAUUGUUUUAUCACCUGCUGAAGUGUCAAAGAUACAUUCUUCUGCAUAAGAUCAGACCAUCUUCUAGAAAAUUAUUAUUUCUUAUCGAAGACUAAUAAAGUUGCUUGAUGAGAAUCUGUUGCAAAACCGUAGCAUUAAUGUGACUGCAGUCCUCAGUACUCAACUGGUUCUCAGUUCCUUGAAGUGAAUAUGGGUUUAAAGAGGGUGACACACCAUACAUUAAACACGCGCUCUGAAAAAAAUGCACAUUCAACAUACCAUGUAUUGUUUGGUACUCAGUGUGUUCAAAGGCCUGAUUACCAAAACAAACGUGCUAUACUCAGUCCAAACAGAGAGGAUACAUAUCUGUUGAUGUGAUGGCCAUAGGUUGCCAUGUGUUCCGUAUUGCACCCAGGAGUGCUCCCCUGGUAAGAACAGGCUCUCUGGGGUUACACUUGGUUUUUGGUGGGUUAAAGUCUUGCAAGCUACUGCCUUUUGCUAUGAACCACAUUGUUGCAACUAGCAAGGCAAGCUUAUCCCAAAUAACGGGACAGCAGUCAAUGUAAUUGAGGCCUGAUAGUGUGAAGUGCCCUUGAACAGAGGCGCCCAUCGGGCCAGACCAGUCAUUGAUGAAUCCUGCUCAGUGCCUGCUUCAGAGAAGGAGCAGUAGUUUGUCUAACAGCAGGUUUGAACAGCUUUCUCUGCUGCUGUGGGCAGCAUCACGCUGGUGUCAAAACAUCCAUGCGGCAGAAGGAGCAAGAAAUAGUGACUGCAGCUCCUCAGUCCAAAACACAGGAGGUUAGCGCUGACAUUCCUCCUGCCUUGUUUAUCUUCAACCCUGCCUCUCUGGGACUGCAGGAUAUGUGCCCUCUCCCUGUCAGGAAAACAAAGCACGUUUCCCACCCUAACCAAGUUAAAGUAGAGAAACCUCAAAACAGAUGCUGAUCACAGGAGAAAGAAUGGACAAUAUGGCAGAGUCAGAACCAACAAAGGAACGCUCAAUAUUGUGUUUAAGCUCAUUUUAGCAGCUGCGAGGGUGAGGAAUUCCAUUUGUUUAAAAAGAGCAUGAACCUGUCUUGUCUUUACACAGUAUAAGCUGUAGAUGAGACAUGGAACAUUUAGACCAGAGAAAUGUUUUGCCCUCACCUCAUAUUCAGUUAGCAGCGGUGAGUGACAUCACCUCGGCCUGUUCUGUAACUUAAAACCAUUAACAAUGCACCAAGGUGUAAACAACCCUGGACUCAAUGGGAGGUUUUGGCCUUUUGUUUCAGUUGCGAUGUCUGUGGUAAGCGAUUAAUCUUGUAACCGUUUCAAGUAACCUUUGGAGGCAAGUGUCUCUGCAGCUGAUCCACUGCCUCUAGAGAUACUUGUGUCUGUAGGACAGAAAAUGUGUACAAGGCUUCUGGUGCAUGCUCCACUAGGCUAGACAAGUUUUUAAUAGUAAAAAAUAUUUUGGUCCCUGUCGGAUCCUUGUCAGGACUUCACUUUGGUCUCAGUGAAGCUUUACACUGGCAGGUGUCAUAGCUGAUCUCUAAAUCAUAACAAACAUGAUUCUGGAGAACGUUUGAAAUAGGUGCAUGGGAGACCCAGGUGUUUCUGUGUUUUGGGCUGUUUUGCUGCAGAACACUUCACCUGUCUGUCAGCUGGCAUAGAAUAGGACCUACCCCUGUCUGUCUGCUCUAUAGUCUAUCAGCUGAUAGCCACACAAUAGGUGGUGCCUAAAUCAAAAGGGCACAGGGUGUCUAAACAGAUUGGCCCCUGGCUCACCCGAUACGGUCGCGACUGCCCAAUCAGCUGUGGAGCUGGGUGGAUCAGAUUACCUGUACCCUGGCAGUGGGACAGGUGAAACCCACCACCAUAGAGAGGCUGGGUUACUGACACCUCCACCUGCCAGACAGACACACUACACAACCUCUCUGGCUGCCCUGUGCCCACCACAUACAGGCCAGUCAACGGAGGCCUGGAGUAAUCAUGUCAAGGCCAGUUUACCCCCUCUACUAACCUCACCUCCACCGACCGAAUACACAGACGCACAAAACUUACACGCAUACACAUUAAAACAUAAUAAAAACAUCAUACACCUGAUUGCUGUUGGGUAACAGUGUCAUACUAAUUGAGUCAUUUAGCAAUAAUGUUUUCUGUGAUCUUCUGAGUGGGUUGCCAGACGUUUAUGCGCUGUGGAGCAGGAGGGAGUUUACACUAUAAUAGAAUCAACAUGUAUUACUUAAGGAUCAAAGGGCUCUCUGGGUCUGUUUUUGUCCCCUCUGCAGAGGGCGGAGGGCUCCCUGCAUGUUCUGAAUUUGAAGCAGAAUAGGUACUCUGAGAGAUGAAAUCUGCUCUAACUCAAUGUCACAAUCCGUAUGAUUCCCUUCUAGAGGUGCUUAAUGCUCAGAUUCAAUGUUUUAAAAGGGAAAGAGAAGGCUGUCCAUUCCAAGACGUAUAACUAAGAUCAGUCAUUAUUUGGAGAGUUGGGCCGAUGCGGUUUCUGUCUGAAUGUUCUGAGAGCGCCACUUUCUCCUCCAUAGCUGUUGCUAAGUGAUAAUUGAUGCUUCCGCGUUGUACUGUUUAUCUCUGAUAGUUUCAAAACCUAUGAAGAUGUCCAGUGAAAGCAGAUAUGCAAUUUGUUGACACCACAACACAGUACAGACAAUGUGACAUUGUCCCGAAUGCCAAUCAAUAAAAACGUAUGUUAAAUUCGCAGCUCUGUUUUGCUUGUUUACAGCAGGUUAUUUUAUAGGGAAUUGUCGGAGGCGAGAAUAAAACCUGUGUUGACAGUGCCAUACAGAAGAUUGUUUGAGUCUUUCUCAGUAAUCUUAGGCAGAGCCAAUUAUUGAAGCGUUGCUACUUUGUCAUGGGGAUACUCAAUAUUGAUUUAACAUUCAAAUUGUUGCCAUUACUAUUUUUACUUCUAUUGUUUAUUACGACUCUAUAUGUUAUUGUCACUUUAUUGCAUUCCAUUUACUAUUGCAUUAUCAGUCAUUUCCUCUUUGCUUCCUCUCUCUCUUAAAGAUGACAUCACAGGCCCAUAUCCGGACCAGUUUGAUGAUGUAAUGGAUUUUAUCAAAGCUACCAUUGGCAGACUGAGGAGAUCAUCUGAGCCUAACGGCGGCUCAAGGGGUAGGAGGGAGCAGAGAGAGCAGGAGAGACAGAGAGGAGCAGCAAACACAGACCGCAGAGGAGGAGUGAGAGGAGAGGGGAGAGGAGGACGCGGGGAGAAGAAGGGUCGGGGGCGAGGUGGCAAAGGGAGGAGCAGUGAAAGAGGGGAGCAGCGGAUGAAGCCGGUUGGAGGCCGAGGCUGCUUGCUAAAAGAGGUCCAUCUCAAUGUGACAGACUUAGGGUUGGGCUACCGGACCAAAGAGGAACUGAUCUUCCGGUACUGCAGCGGCCCCUGUUCAGACGCAGAGACAAACUAUGACAAAAUCCUCAACAACCUCACCCACAACAAGAAGCUGGUCAAGGACACACCCUCCCGCACCUGCUGUCGACCAAUCACCUUUGACGAUGAUCUGUCCUUCCUGGAUGACAACAACGAGGACUACCACAUUCUGCGGAAGCAUUCCGCCCGCAAAUGUGGCUGUGUCUGA